GCUAAAGAAGACUUGUGAGGAUAGUAUCAUAUUCAUAUUCUUGAUCUUGUUUGUGCAAAUGUGCUCAGAAUUUCUGAUUCCUUAUUAGGGAAUUCGAUUCUGAUUUUGUCGAUCGUUUGGUUUUUGCUAUAUGUACACAUAUUUAUACUACAUAUAUAUGUAUAUAUGUGUGUGUGUAUAUAUAUAUGUCCGAUCAAGAGCUGUUUCCUUGCUAUAGCUGCAGUUUUAUUAUCAUCACCAACAAGCCCCAUUGAAUUCAGCUGUCCCUGCGUUUGAGUUAUAUUCUUCGCCAGUUUUCUCGCUUUUCAGACAUACUUUGGGCAAAAGGGGGAAGAAAAAAAAAAUGAAUGCUUUAGUGGCAACCAACAGAAACUUCAAGUUGGCAGCUCGGCUUUUGGGGUUAGAUUCCAAGCUUGAGAAGAGUUUACUCAUACCAUUUAGAGAGAUUAAGGUCGAAUGUACCGUACCGAAAGAUGACGGUACUUUGGCGUCGUUCGUCGGCUUCAGGGUCCAACAUGACAAUGCCAGAGGCCCCAUGAAGGGAGGAAUCAGAUAUCAUCCAGAGGUUGACCCGGAUGAAGUGAAUGCUUUAGCACAACUAAUGACAUGGAAGACAGCAGUAGCAAAUAUCCCAUAUGGUGGUGCCAAAGGAGGAAUAGGAUGUAAUCCAGGGGACUUAAGUGCAUCUGAACUGGAGCGACUCACCAGAGUUUUCACACAGAAAAUACAUGAUCUGAUCGGCAUACACACCGAUGUUCCUGCCCCGGAUAUGGGGACGGGUCCACAGACUAUGGCUUGGAUUCUAGAUGAAUACUCCAAAUUUCAUGGCUACUCACCUGCAGUGGUGACUGGGAAACCUACUGAUCUUGGUGGAUCUCUUGGAAGAGAUGCAGCUACAGGUAGAGGAGUACUUUUCGCAACCGAAGCAUUGCUUAACGAGCACGGGAAAAGCAUCGCUGGGCAACGGUUCGUCAUACAGGGUUUCGGGAACGUCGGUUCUUGGGCUGCACAGUUGAUUCAUGAGAACGGUGGCAAGAUUGUCGCGGCGAGUGAUAUCACUGGGGCUGUAAAGAACAGCAAAGGAAUUGAUCUUCCAGGCCUGCUCAAGCAUUCCAAGGAAAAUGGCGGUGUCAAGGGAUUCAGCGGCGCAGAUCAAAUAGAUCCUGACUCGAUAUUGGUUGAAGAUUGUGACAUUCUCAUCCCAGCUGCUCUUGGAGGCGUCAUAAACAGGGAAAAUGCAGAUGAUAUAAAAGCCAAAUUUAUUAUCGAAGCCGCUAACCAUCCAACUGACCCUGAGGCUGAUGCGAUAUUGUCAAAGAAAGGCGUGGUAAUUCUUCCCGACAUAUAUGCCAACUCGGGAGGGGUUACUGUUAGUUACUUUGAAUGGGUUCAGAACAUUCAAGGAUUCAUGUGGGAUGAGGAAAAGGUGAACAAUGAGCUGCGGACUUACAUGACCAGAGGGUUCAAAGAUGUGAAAGAAAUGUGCAAGACCCACAAUUGCGAUCUCCGAAUGGGAGCCUUCACCCUCGGCGUCAAUCGCGUUGCAAGAGCAACCGUCCUCAGGGGUUGGGGAGCCUGAGGCAAUCUCUUUUCGGAAUAAAAUAUGAAGAUCUUUCAUGAGUUUCUCUCAUUCUAUAUUAGGAUUCUGCUGUCCUGUUCUUUGGAUGAGAAGAACAUGAAGCAAAUGUUCAAAUUAUUUUUGGUGUUGGCCCUUGGUUUUCUGCCCGAGUUUCAUUCAUCCAGCGUUUUCUCAAGUUUCAUUAGAAACGCGCAGUCCUACAUGUCUUUAAAAUAAUGUUUUGUUCAUCAAGGAUAAUCAUACAUAAGAUCUGAGAGAACAUUCAGAAAGAA